AUGAUUCAUUUAAGUAAUAUUAUGGACGCACCUCACCAAAUUGCAGCUGCAAAAUUCAAUGAGAAAUUAGAAAGUAUUGAUAUUAUAUACCAGAACUAUGUAAAGACCGCAGCAAAAUAUCAUUUUCAAUUAAAAGCAAUCAUUCAUGACAUAUCAAAAUGUACCAGUUCAAUGGAAAGUUUAAAUGAAUUAAAUGAAAAAGGAAGAGCAGUAAUAACAGACUUAAGAAAUCUUUUAGAGAAGUUAGAUCUAUAUGUUAAGGAAACAGCCGAUCCUAAAUUUAUUACUGAAUUAGAAUCCCAAAGGCACCUGCAGGCAAGCCUGGUUAAAGAAUUUAAGGAAGCAAAUAUUAAUAGUAUGUUGGAAAUAGAGAAAGCUCAAAGACAAGAACUAUUAAAGGAUGCUGCAGGAGAACAAUCUGUUUUACGACUCAGGCAUAAAAAAGUUGAAAAAGAUGGUUUACUUAAAGUGUCUACAGGUGUGACAGAGCAGCUGUUAACAAUAAGCAGACAACUAGCUGCUACAACACAAAGGAGUCAGGAUACGCUUGAUAAUCUAGUUUCAUCCAGUACUGCAGUGCAUGGGACACAAUCGGAACUACAGAACACCAACAGCACCAUACAGCAGUCUGGAAAAUUAUUGAAAAAAUAUGGCCGUCGUGAGUUCACAGAUAAAGUAAUAAUGUUCUUCGCUUUUCUAUUUUUCUUAGCUGUGUGUCUUUAUAUUGUUCAAAAGCGUUUAUUCUAA